CCUGGCCGCUAGCACCGCAGCUCCCUUUCGGGCGAGCGGGAGACUCAGCGCAGAGUCCUCGGUCCCCGGCCGCGCGGAGCCGGGAUGCCCUGCUCUUACUGUGGGUCCUCAUCAUGGAAACCAAACGGGUGGAGAUUCCCGGCAGCGUCCUGGACGAUCUCUGCAGCCGUUUUAUUUUACAUAUUCCAAGCGAGGAAAGAGACAAUGCAAUCCGAGCAUGUUUUCAAAUUGAGCUUGCCCAUUGGUUUUACCUGGAUUUCUACAUGCAGAACACACCAAGAUUACCUCAGUGUGGGAUAAGAGACUUUGCUAAAGCUGUUUUCAGUCAUUGUCCAUUUUUGCUGCCUCAAGGUGAAGAUGUGGAGAAAGUUUUGGAUGAAUGGAAGGAAUAUAAAAUGGGAGUACCAACAUAUGGUGCAAUUAUUCUCGAUGAAACACUUGAAAAUGUACUACUGGUUCAGGGAUACCUAGCAAAGUCAGGCUGGGGAUUUCCAAAAGGAAAAGUAAAUAAAGAAGAAGCUCCUCAUGAUUGUGCUGCUAGAGAGGUUUUUGAAGAAACUGGUUUUGAUAUCAAAGACUAUAUUUGCAAGGAUGAUUACAUUGAACUUCGAAUCAAUGAUCAGCUUGCUCGUUUAUACAUUAUUCCAGGAGUUCCAAAGGACACAAAAUUCAACCCGAAAACUAGAAGAGAAAUUCGGAACAUUGAGUGGUUCUCCAUUGAGAAAUUACCCUGUCAUAGAAAUGAUAUGACUCCAAAAUCCAAACUUGGUUUGGCACCUAACAAAUUUUUUAUGGCCAUUCCAUUUAUCAGACCAUUAAGAGACUGGCUUUCUCGAAGAUUUGGAGAUUCUUCAGACAGUGACAAUGGAUUUUCCUCAGCUGGCAGCACACCAGCAAAGCCCACUGUGGAAAAAUUAAGCCGAACCAAAUUCCGCCAUAGCCAGCAGUUAUUCCCUGAAGGCUCUCCUGGUGACCAGUGGAUAAAGCACAGGCAACCACUGCAACAGAAGCCAUAUAAUAAUCACUCUGAAAUGUCUGACCUCUUAAAAUCAAAGAAUCAAAACAUGAGGGGAAAUGGCAGAAAACAGUAUCAAGAUACGCCUAAUCAGAAGAAAAGAACAAAUGGGGUCCACAGUCAGCCUGCGAAGCAGCAGAAUUCCUUGAUGAAAUGUGAAAAAAAACUUCACCCACGAAAGCUUCAGGAUAAUUUUGAAACAGAAGCUGUAUAUGACUUCCCUUGCUCUGGUGAAGACCAGUUGCUGGAACAUGCUGAGGGACAGUCUGUGACCUGUAAUGGACAUUGCAAGUUCCCAUUUUCAUCCAGAGCCUUUUUGAGUUUCAAGUUUGAUCAUAAUGCCAUUAUGAAAAUCUUGGAUCUCUAAUCGCAACAAAUGUGUUAACAGAAGUAUCAAGAUAGAGAUCUGUUGCAGUUCAACGUGUGUCUCUUCAAGCCUUACCUUUCUCAGGUGUUUUAAAGAAAUGCAGGGAGGCAGUGAUGUUUCUGAAGAGAUGGCUCUUUGUGCGGAGGAGAGAAUGGCAAAAAACCCCAAGAUUAUGCACUGUAAAUGCAGUUAUAACCUUUUACACAGAUGUACCGUUUCAGUGUUUCGCUAACUAGUUUAAGUUGCUGGUUUUGAAAGCAUACUUUCUGUGUGAUUGCGCGCCUUAUUUUUGUAUUCUGGUCAAGAAAAGUGUUUGCGUCAUGAAGUAACCAGGUUAGUAGAAUUUGUUCCAUAUACCCAUUAUAGUGAUUGCAAUAGUAAUUUGCUUAUAUUCUUUAUGACAAAACCCUUGAACUGCACAAUUACGAAAUGAGUAUGAGUUUUGAACCAUCACAGAAAGAGAUUGUAAGUCAUCUGCUUCAGGGGUAUUUAGAGCAUUUAUCUGCUUCCUAGAAUCUCUAAUUCUCUUCCAUUUAGAGUCUUGCUGAAAGGUUGUAGUUAGAGCCAGCAUCUGCAAUACAAUGUUCACGUUCAAACUGAAGUGUUAGCACUUCCUGAAAGGACAUUUGCAGCUUGAGUAGGCUUGAGGUCUGGUGUGGUGCUGCAGGCAGUCAUGAACCAGGAGACUGCUGCCGAGAGUGUGCACGAGAGAAGCAUGGCGGCCAGGACCCUGCAGCAAGGUGUGAUCAGCAUCGCCACACUGCCUCCACUCAUUUUCCUAUUAUAAAUUUAUAUUGUUCUUAGGAAAAUUUCUUGUAAAUACUAUGUAAAACUGACAUCAUUAAUUUUUUCCCAUCGCAUCUCAGUGUUGAUACGUGGAAACGGAUGAUAUUUGAGGAUCCAGUUGGCAGUCACUGCAAAGAAUGCAGUAUAGGCUCUUAUUGACAAUGCUGAAAACCCUGCAGUGAGAGGAGGAAGGAUCAGAACAUAAAUGUACAGAAUUCACUCUUGGGAAUGCAUCUUAUUCAGGAUUUUCCAGUCCAGAUGAGGAGGGUGACAAUGUGCAUUUUGCGUUAGAUUUUGGCUAUAAUUGAGGACAAUCACCUGGACUUUACAGAGUUCUUAGGGUUUUGAGUGCAUCUGACCUCAUGUUGAUGGGGAGGUGCAUGAGCAUUUGUGCAAGUGCAUCUGUUCAGUAUGGGUCUAAAAAAUCAUGUAUGUGUGGUGUCCACAAAAUAUCUCUGCUUGUAAAUGCCAUCGUAGUAAUCUUCUAUAGAGGUAGCUUAUUUAAAAGGGGCUGUAUUUAACCCAUAGGGUCUUUUAAUGGAAGCCGCUAUUGUAAGACACUCACUAGAUAUUACUUUGCUUCAUCUCAAAAUGGCUUUAAGGAGAAAUUCUAUUUGUCACCCUCUUGGUGCUAAGCAGGAAUUUACAAUUUUAGUAAGUACAUUUAGAACUACGUUUUCUAGAAUCCUGCAUCUUGUAAUGUGAUGAACUUGUGAAACUUUGUGACUUUUAAGAUGCAUUUGUUGUGAGGAAGCUCAUAUUAUUUCCAGAAAUAUGGCUGCUUUGCUUGGGCUUCCUUGAGCCAUAUGUAUAGUUGAUCCCAGCAUUCCAGAUUUCUGUUACCAUUGUAAGGGAGUAAAACCUGACUUUGCUUGACAGGUAACAUCAUUGCAUUGUCACUUGUUUACUGCCACCUGGAAACCGUUUAAUAUUUGUGUGUGUGUGUGUGUGUGUGUGUGUGUUUUCUUUCUGAGUACUUUGGUCAGUUGUUCUGGUGCCUACAGUUGAUCUUCAGUUCUCAAUACUAAAAGACCGAGAUUCCGUAGUUACCAGAAGUAUGGCCUUGAAUGGUAUCAGCCUCUUUAAGGACCAACAUAUUGUCUCUCUUUGAUUACUGGUAGGUUAACUAUAGUUAAAUGCCAUUGCUGAUGGGCUGCUUCAUUUAAUGCACUGUGGAACAAAAAAAAGGGUAUUAUUGGGAUGGGAUUAUGACACUUUUAGACUUAACUCUUGAUAGAUUGGGGUAAAAAAUGUUAAAAGAUGUGAUAAAGUGUGUGUGAUACGAUGUGAAUUAACUAUGCAGAAUAUGUACAAAUUAGAUGUACUCAUUGUGUACAUCUGCUGUACUUAUUCCCUUGAGCCUGUGUUUUAAUUUUUCAGUGUUCACAUUACCUUGAGAAAGGCCAUGUUUAGUACAGACACUGGAUUUCUCCUUUGAAAAAUUUUAGGAUGGUUUGGGGAAAUCAAGUGGUAAAGGAGUAUGCUGAAUAUGCCAUAAUUUAGUGUGUUGCAUUUUAAGAAGUUGGCAACGAACAGUUGUGUUGGCUUCAUUAUGUUGUCUUUGAUAAAUUGGCCUUUGAAUUCACUUUUAAAAUAUUAUGUUCCCACCUUAAAUGUUCCCCGGUGCAGUGCACUGUGAAUCUUUCAUAUUUUGAAUAUUUGUGGGUGCUUUUAUGAUUCAUAAGAUGUUAGAUGAAUUUUUUUACUUAACCAUUAUAAUGAUAAAUAUAUAGGGGGGGUGUAGUUUACAUGCUUUUUCAUAAGUGUAUGUUAAAUAGCAAAUGUAUGGGUUUUAGGAUUUUAACCAUUGAUGCUCUCCUGAGAAAUGCGUAUUCAGAGAGGUCUGAGAGCCUAAUAGAACUCUUUUUAGACCAGGUGACUUUUAUUACAGGUAUUUGAAAAUUAAUUUGGAUGUUUUGUUAAUGUAUAAAAUGCAAGUUUUCUACAUUGUCAGGAGUUGUGAUGACUGUUUACUGUGUUGAGCUUUGGAGAACCUUAUUUUUCUAUUAAAAUUAGUAAAAAAUGAAGAUUUAUAGCAAAGUUAGCUUUGUGCUUUCAAAUUGGGUGAUACUUUUAAGGCUUAAGUAUUUGUGUGUAAUUGAAAAUGGAAAUGCAGAUCUAAGUGAAAUGUAUCCUUGGCUGCAGGAACUGCAUCCUUCUGUAAAUUCAGCACUGUGGUCUCUAGAAAAGGUCAGCUGAAUGCUUGUGAGCAUUGUACAGACAUUUCAUCACCUGUUCCCUCACGUCUUUUGCUCUCCAACAGUUAAUUCAGAUGACAGUAAAGAGCAGAAUCAAUUAUAAAAGUCUUUGUGCCAACUUUUAUUAAUUUUGAUGACUUUUUAAAUUUGUGAACUCCCCCCCUACCUGUUCAGAGGCUUUUUGAUGGACAAUGUUAUGCUUACCUGUUGAAUUCUAUUGUUUCUGUGGCAGUAUUUUUCUUUUAUUGUUAUAGUUAUAAUAAAAUUAGAUAUAUUAACAUUUUUCUGGUGAAGAAAAAUAAGUGUAACCUAGUAACUUUGAUUUGGAAUAUUUUUAAGCCAGAGAGAAUUGCUUUAUAUGUAUUGUUGUAAUUUAGGAUUAAUGAUAAAUAAGAUCUUAGGGUCACUAGGUCCACCAACCACCUUAGUCCUAAAUUGGAGUUCCUGGUUUUUGUACUAAAGGACAUUUAGAUAGUUGCCAAGAAUUAUAAAAAUAAGAGGAUGAUGAGGUUUCUUAGCAUCCUUUUCUUCCUAGAAUUGAGCUGUUUCCAUCUGCAUGCCUGUGCUCUAAAGACAGCAGAUUGAAAGUGAGCAGAACAGGCUCACUCCCAUGUUUUUAAAACAAAUUUCGUACUGCAGUUGAAAGAAGUAUGAGGUGCUACUGUUAAAGAGCAAAUUUCCUUACAAGAUAGAAGACAGCUGUAAUUACUAGGUCAAAGAGUUAAGAAGACAUUUUAGAAGGUAUACCAACCUGUGUGCUGUAGGAUGCAAAAGGCUAGAAAUCUGGUCUUUGACUAGCCUAGGCAGGGUGUGGCUAUUACCAAGCUUUUUCUGUCUCUUGAUACAGGCCCUGUUUUCUAGGACUGGUUGCCAUAAAUCCAGUGUUUCAGAGCUUGGUUCUUAGGGGCUGAUGCUGUACGAAUCCAGCCACACUGGAUUACUCUGUUUUCCUGUAAGAGAUAUACCCUAAAGCAGGGGCUGGGGCCCAUGCAGCCGGGGUCCUGAUCAUCAGCACCAUGACUACACAUGCCACCCAAGAGAAGUCGUUUCAGCCGUCACAUUAGGGUGAGUUAAUGAAACGUCUGUCCAAAUACAUCAGGCUAAUUUUCAAGUUGAUAAUUUUAUAUGGCCUGUGAAUGAUGUUACAAAUAUCCAGAUGGUGCCUGGCAGGUAAAAAUGGCUCUCUACCCCUGAUCUGGAGCAUAUACACCUAAGUCAGUCAGGUGUUAGUCAUUUUCAGUCUUGGAUGGGAGUGUACUUGAAGGUUAAGUCUCCAUUAGCUGAGUUACUUAGACUUUUACAAAGUACAAAGAAAUGUCUAGGGGGAAAACACAUAACUAUGAUGAGUAUUAAAAGCCUUCUCUUGAAAGAUGUUAAUCAUCAAAUCAAUUUCCAGUAAAGAACUUCUACUUAUGUAGGGAUGCUAGUUGAGCUAUGGCAGCAGAUUGGAACAUGAUCGUCUGUAAGAGAUUAACCCCAAGGUGCCGGGGUUACUGUGUGCGCGUGUGCUCAGAGACAAAAUGCAGCUACUGGUUGCCCAUUUUUGUAACUUUGUCCCAUGUGGACCAUUCUGUCGAUAGACUGCACCCAUUCUUUUGGCCCAGCAGAAGAGCCCCACCCCCUCGGGUGUUUACUUUUUGGUGGAAGGGUUCUCUGAGGCAGCUGGGAUUUUCUUUUCUUUUGGUGGAAGGGGCGGGGUGGUGGUGGAAGGCUGUGUUGCGUUCUGUUGGAAGAACUAUUGUUUUUUAUCAGAUACCUUUUAUCAGGUGGUGAUGAGGAAGAGACUGUUGAGUGUCCGCCCCCUUUGCCACUGUGGAAAUUUGUAAGCAAUGGUGAUCCUCUUCCUCUCCUCGCAGAGUGUGCACAUGUCUGCGCUUUUGCACCUUGUGUGCAUGGCAACCCAGUUGGUAUGGAAACAAAGAAAACUUUUAUGCCUUGGAGGCGUGUAGACAUCCUUAUGAUGGUUUUCAGUCUCUGAAGGGGUAGUGAACUUUUUGAUACGGAAAAUAACAUUUUAAUUUAAUCCAACCUUUUAAUUUGUUUAUCCUGAGAUUCUGAGACAAAAAGCUCAGAAUUAUGGGGUGAGAUAUUUUGGUCACAACUUUAUUAAUUAGCCAGUUCUUUGUAAAAUGACACUUUGACUUUCCUUUUUUUUUUGGGUCUAUUUUCUUUUCUUCCUUUAAAAAAAAAAUCAUUUUUAUUGGGGGCUCAU